GUGUAGUCCAACCCAUAACGUACAGGCCCAAUGUAAAACUGAGCCCAAGACCGUCUCAAAGAUUCGGCUCUGUAACGUUGCGGACAGACGAGAACGUCCAUCACGAGCUGAUUGAUUUCCUCGAUUAAUUGGCGGAGAGGCUUUUCUGGAAGAGGGAAUGGAAAGCAUAGUUGUGGCUAAAUCUGCAAAAGUUGGACCAUAAACUGAGGAAUUGAAGCAUUAGCCAGACCAAAAUCCACAAUGUCAACUCUUACUUUUCCCCACAUCCUUCCUGGAAGCUUUAAAUUUUUUAAAUCCUCAAAUGUGCUCCAUCUCAACUUCCCUCAAAUUCAAAUUAGACACCCCUCUGUUUGCUGCACAAAAUCGACUCCAUGGGAACCUUCUUUACCAGUCACAUAUGCUCCCACUGAGACUGCUGCUGACAACUUGUUGACGAAAACCACCAACAUAUUUGAUACCCUUAGUUCUGAGAACACAGCUGAAGUUGCAGUAACCAGCGCCAAAGAGCUCACCAACACAAGUAAUCAGCCAUCGGUGCAGCUUCAGUUCCUCAAAUGGCCGAUGUGGCUUCUGGGCCCUUCUCUCCUACUUGCAACAGGCAUGAUUCCGACCUUGUGGCUCCCAAUAUCUUCCAUCUUCCUUGGGCCUAACAUAGCCAGCUUGCUUUCAUUGAUCGGACUUGAUUGCAUUUUCAAUCUUGGCGCAACCCUUUUUCUCCUCAUGGCUGAUUCCUGUGCCCGUCCAAAGCAGCCAACACAGGCGAGCAAGAGUAAAGCUCCUUUUACAUACCAAUUUUGGAACAUGGUUGCUACUGUAACAGGAUUUAUUAUUCCUUUGAUGAUGCUAUAUGGAUCCCAAAAGGGUUUCAUUCAACCGCAACUAUCUUUCAUCACAUCUGCUGUUCUAUUGGGUCCCUACUUUCUGCUUCUGUUCGUACAAAUUUUGACUGAGAUGCUCACAUGGCAUUGGCAGUCACCCGUUUGGCUGGUGACCCCUGUUGUGUAUGAGGCUUACCGUGUGUUGCAGCUGAUGAGGGGGUUGAAGCUUGGGGCUGAACUCAGUGCGCCAGCAUGGAUUAUGCAUGUGAUCCGGGGGUUGGUAUGCUGGUGGGUGCUGAUUCUAGGUGUGCAGCUCAUGAGGGUGGCUUGGUUUGCUGGUUUUACUUCUCGAGCUCGUCAACAACUGACUUCUUCUGCCGCUGAUAGUUAGGAAGGCCUAAAGAUCAGUAGAAUUGGGUUCCUAUACAGAUAUUUGGGUAUACAAGUGAAUACAUUGUAAAUUCAAGUUUGGGUGGCUCAGUUACCAUGUACUUCACUUCAUUAAUAUUCAUGUUUGCAGACAUCUAGCCAUAUACACACAAUAAUUAUAUAAUUAUUAGAAUUAAAUUGUAUUUUGUCUGAUAA